AUGUAUCACCUUGUCAAAAGAGCAGUGGCACCUCACCCAACUCUGUCCAUUCUAAGAAGAAACUACUGGUCUCAGCGCAAAGGACCAAACUACUCCACAAACAUGAUCGUGGUUGGAAUAUCAACUAUCAUUUGUGGUUUAGUUGGCAUUGUGAGUUUGAAGUUACAACAAUUUAUGAUAAAUGUCUUAAAUAGAAAAUACCUCACUGUAAUUAAUAAUAUUCUUGAUGCAGUUAAUGGUAGUGAUUGGAACAGAAUGCCAAGUACACACCCCUGCAUUGACAAAAACAUCAGCACAAUCCUCAGAUUCCUUUACACUUCAUGCUACCUUGUUUCUCAAACUGCUUAUCAAUAAAAUGAGAAAAUUACUCAUAAUUCUCUUGUUUGUGUAAUGAUAAAUUGAAAAGUACUACAUUUGUGUUAUUCCUUUCUUCUAGGGUUACCAAAAAUGGAAAUUAGACAAGGAAUAUGAAAUUUAA